CAAAAUUUACUUGCUGUUGCCUUAGUGUAUUUCUCGGUGGACCCGAUCCUUGCCGCCAGACAACUGUUGAGUGAUCGUAUUCCCUUUGAGAUCAGACAGGAAGAAUUUUAAUCAUCUGGAUGGAAACCAUUACUGUCGUCUGGCAUUAGUCACAUGUCGUCAGGACUUUGCGUGCGCUGCUAGGAGCUGUUACAAGUUCGUAUUCCAGGGCAGUUUCCUGGCAAGUUCAGAGGAAACAAUAUGGCCAGUCCAGGGACAAUCGUUCUAAACACGUUCUUCGGUUGUAUCAGCGCAGUUACAAUCGUAGGAAACCUUCUUGCCAUCGCUGUCUUCGUCAAAGACGGAAAACUUCGAUCCACGGGCGAUGUCUACAUCCUCAACUUGGCCGUGGCAGACCUUAUGGUAGGGGCGAUCUCCAUGCCUUUUACUAUAGCGGAGAACGUGAUAGGGUACUGGCCACUGUCGCAGACGUUCUGUAAGGCGUGGCUACUUGUGGACUUCACGGCUUGCUCGGAGUCGGUACUGUCCAUGGUGCUGAUUAGCUUUGACAGAUACCUGCAGAUUGUGAAGCCACACAAGCAUCGCGCAAAGACUUUCCGAAUGAAGGUGGUUUUGCUGGCUAUCACGUGGAUCCUCGCGUUUCUGAUGUACGGUCCUGCUAUCAUACUCUGGGACGUUCUAACUGGAGUUAGCCCUAUCAAGGUGAAUCGCUGUGAAGCGGACUUUCCCCUACGAAGUGCCGCAUACACCUUUGCCAUGUCUUUCACGGAAUUUGUCGUCCCGUUCGGUCUGCUAUCGUACCUGUACGCACAAGUGUACUGGCACGCCAUUCGCUGGUUCCGACGCCGCCCGAGUUCCUCAGACGGCGGCCGAGGAAUCCCGACGGAGCUCGGAAAGAUGUUUCACCGACGACUGGCCGUCAAUUUGACGAUUCUUCUGUUGGUGUUCUUCGUCUGCUGGUGCCCCUACAUGGUUGGAACGAUGGUUCUGUCCCAGUGUACCUCAUGUAUAGACUAUCACUCUAUCGCCUUUGUAGCAUUGGAUUGGUUAUUGUGGACCAACUCUGCUAUAAACCCGUUCUUGUAUGCUUACUGCUCUCCGCGAUUUAGAGAAGGAGCCUCUCGUCUGUUACCCAAAUGCUGCAGGACACAAACGACGGGACACAUCUCACCGCAGCCUGUCUAA